AUGGCCUCGGCAAAAACGACCACGUACCGAUACGGCCCCAACGUUCUCCAGACGUACGACGUUUACAUCCCGUCCGCGUUCGGAAACGAGGCCGUUGCAGCCAAGAAGCACUGGCUCGUCUGGAUCCACGGGGGUUUCUACCGCGACUUCGCCCAGAAUUCGACGGGCAUCAACGCCGCCAUCGCCUCUCUCGAGGCCAACAGCUCAGACGUGCUCGCGACCCAGGUCGCUGGCAUUGCCUCGCUCAACUAUCGCCUCUCCGCCCUCCCCGGCGUCCAGCCCAACAACACCCCGCCCAACGAGCUGCAGAACGCGAGGUGGCCGGACCACCUGACCGACGCCGUCGCCGCGCUGAAGGACCUGAACGAGCACUACCCGAUCGACGGCAAUUACGUCCUCUCGGGACACUCUGUCGGCGCCCAGAUCUCCUUCUUCGCCGCCCUCGAGACCCUUAACGACCCUUCCGUCCCCAAGCCCGCGGCCGUCUUGGGCAUCAGCGGCAUCUAUGACUACCCGCAGCUCCAUGUCACCCACCCGAGCUACGACUCUCUCGUCCUCAACGCCAUGAGGCAGGACCAGCUGGUGGAGGCGAGCCCGGCCAAGGUGGACGCCGGGAGGUAUGCGGCCCUGGACGUGGAGGCCUUCAUCUUGGCGCACAGUAGAGACGAUGGACUCGUUCCGUGGGAUCAGUUGGAGGCAAUCGAGGCGACUUUGGGGAGCCUGCCCGAGCUCAAGAGCAAGACCUAUGUCGUCGAGCUCCAGGGGGCCCACAACGACAUCUGGCGGGGAGGUGUGGCGCUUGCGAAGGCGUUCACGGAAACGCUGGCUCUGUUGGGAGCGCGCCCUUGA